AAUCCUAUUAUCUGGUUGGCGUACAACAUAACCAUACGAUGUUCUGUUAACGAAAGAAAUCUUAUCCCGAACUUUGAAGGGAUAGCAUGCUCUUCGGGAAUUAUGACAGGACCGUAACAUUCGUAAGUCAAAGUAGUUCGUAUAUCGUCGUUCAAAAUGUUAGAUCUCGAUUUUAUUAGGGAAUACCUUAGUCUGCAAAUUAACGAAGCAAUUUGUUGGUGGUGGUAUUACAUGAAAGAAAUUUCAUGGCAAUUGCUAAUCGCUAUUGCCGCAUAUCUUUGUGUCUGUAUUUGUCUCUAUUCAAUCUUGAAAAGAGUCAGCCACACAGCGUGGCAGCUUCCAGGUCCGCCUGCAAGAAUAUUAUUAGUCACUGCUCAUCCUGACGAUGAAGUCAUGUUCUUUGGUCCACUGGUAUACUGGGUUACAAGAUCAAAGGCUAGCCAGAUUUACCUCCUUUGUUUUACUAGUGGUGGAAAUAAGAAACGAAAAGAAGAACUAUGGGACUGUACAAAAAUAUUAGGAAUUCCAGAAGCUAAUGUAACUAUAGUGAUGAGUACAGAGUUACCUGAUGAUCAAAAUGUACAAUGGCCAACAGAGGUAGUGGCAGAAUGUAUUUUACAACACGUAGAAAGUUAUAAAAUCAAUGCAGUUGUAACAUUCGACAAGCAUGGCAUAAGUCGACACAAGAACCAUAUCUCCCUAUACUUUGCCAUAGCUGCAUUAUGCAUUGAAAAGAAAGUACCAUCUUAUUGUAAACUAUAUGUAUUAGAAUCUGUGAAUAUAAUUAGGAAAUAUGUACAGCUCCUAGAUUUACCAAUUAGUUUAUUAUCUGCUUCCUACUGGUAUUUAGUAACAUAUGAUCAAAAAAAAAUCAUAAAAAAUGCCAUGACUGCACACAAGUCACAGUAUGUUUGGUUUCGAAAAUUGUACAUGAUAUUCUCACGGUACACGUUCAUCAAUACCUUCCAAGAAGUGAGUGCUCUCGACCUGGAGUUGGAUCUCCAGUUUGACGACGAUUAACUCGCAUGAGUUUACAAGCUUGUACAAAUUGUAAUUAAUUGUACAUAAUAAAACAAAUGAAACUUAUCUAUUAACGUGUAAUAAAGAAACUGUAGGAUUUGGAGAAUACUUUUGAACCGGUUUUAAAAAUAUACAUGUCGAGUAGAAAGUACUUUUUAUUCGACCUUACAGGAAUAUACAAAUGUUUAGACAAAAAAAUGUAGCAUAUAGUUUUCCAAAAAUAACAAUAAAUCGACUUUUUAUUAUAUGUAA